AGUAUAUCCAAAAAAGCGAGAAAAGCCAACAAAACCCGUUCUCAUACAGGCAAUUCUAACGCAGCCCUCAUCCCAUCCUGAAAACGUUGCUCCAUACAAGAAGAAGAAGGAUCGGAUUUACAGUACCAACUAGAAAGUCCAGUUCGACCAUAAGAGAUGUCACAGGAGCAUGACAAUAAGCGGGCAGUGCUCGUGCUACAGAAUGAUCCGGCGUACAACCAGCGGCGGCCGUUCACGAGCGAGGAUGAGGCCUGGAAGUCGUUCCUGGAGAACCCCCUCACAGCCGCCACCAAGGCCAUGAUGAGCAUCAAUGGAGACGAAGACAGUGCCGCAGCUCUGGGUUUUCUAUAUGAGUACUACAAGGUGCCGCGGGAAAAGAGAACAAUAUCCCAGCCAAAGGCUGACGUCCUGGGCUCUGAUGUGGAUCCCAACAAAAGAAACUUGUUGACCACUCUCCAAGAGCCAUCGGCGGAGAACCGAAUCCAGGUUCUGAAAGGACUAAAUAUCGUUCUUCCAGGAAACCAGCACGGCCAGGACAAGAGAGGCCUUUUCCCCUCACCCGAUACUACGGUGACAGUAUCCAUUGCUCCUGGGCCAAACUACCCAGUGAAGACUGAAGGUCCAUCGCAUGGAUUCUCCGUCACAGUCCCCAAUCCCCACUGCUCAGAGCCAGACAGUCACAGUCACACGGUGGUUUUUGACCCUCAGCUCCCCCACAACCAGUUCAGUCCGAACACACAGCCACGCACCCCAGACUCGACCUUCCCAGAGAACUCAGAUGUGUUUGCGUUCCCAAGAGAUCUCCAGUUAGGCAUGGGACCCAUCCCGCAAGAGGACUAUGCCACUUUUGACACAGUGUCAGGUAAUAAUUUCGAAUACACAUUAGAAGCCUCCAAGUCUCUCAGACAGAAAUCUGGCGAUGGAACAAUGACGUACCUCAACAAGGGCCAGUUCUAUCCCAUCACCCUCAGGGAAACCGACAAUGGCAAAUUGAUGCACGGCCCCAUUUGUAAAGUCAGGAGUGUUGUGAUGGUGGUGUUCGGAGAGGAGAAAACCAGAGAUGACCAACUCAAGCACUGGAAAUACUGGCACUCAAGACAGCACACGGCCAAGCAGAGAUGCAUUGAUAUUGCCGACUACAAAGAAAGUUUCAACACCAUCAGCAACAUUGAGGAGAUUUCAUAUAACGCCAUUUCAUUCACAUGGGACAUCAGUGAGGAAGCAAAGAUCUUCAUCUCAGUGAACUGUCUGAGCACAGACUUCUCCUCUCAGAAGGGAGUGAAGGGGCUACCGCUCAACCUACAGAUCGACACCUACAGCUACAACAACCGCAGUAAUAAACCUAUCCACCGCGCUUACUGCCAGAUUAAGGUCUUCUGCGACAAGGGUGCAGAGCGUAAGAUCCGUGAUGAAGAGAGGAAACAGUCCCGUAGGAAGGGAAAAUGCCCUGACAUCAACCCUCCACUGGGAAACUUUGGGCCAGAUGUCAAGGUUGCCCUCCUGCACAAGCGCAGCGACAUCACUGUCUUCAAGACAAUGACAGACUUCGAGACGCAGCCUGUUCUUUUCAUCCCCGACAUUCAUUUCUCCACCUUCCAGCGUCAUCCUUUCUCUCAGGAGGAUUCAGAGGAAGGCUCGGCUAUGAAGAGAUUACCCUAUUCCGAGGAGGAGUUUGGAUCACCUCCUAAUAAGCUGGCAAGGAUGGAUGAGCCCAAAAGAGUUUUGCUGUAUGUGCGCAAGGAGUCGGAGGAAGUUUUUGAUGCUCUCAUGCUGAAAACUCCCACUCUAAAAGGCCUGGUGGAAGCGAUUUCAGAGAAAUAUGAUGUUCCUCUUGAGAAGAUGGGGAAGGUCUGCAAGAAAUGCAAGAAAGGGAUCUUGGUAAACAUGGACGACAACAUCAUCAAGCACUACUCCAACGAGGACACCUUCCAGAUCCAGAUGGAGGAAAUGGGAGGAAUGGUUAAGCUCACGCUGACAGAGAUCUGAGGAUCCUACGGACUGGUUUACGCAAGUCUUCCUGCUCUAUUGGGAAACCUUAGAUCCCUCACUGUCAUCUUGUAGUAUAGUCUAAUGAACAGUUUUGGGUGACCUAGUACAGUAUAUGAGCCUUAAGUACUUUGUGAAUUGAGAGAGAAAUAACGUAAAAGAUCUCUCUCAAGUGUUUCUGCCAAAUACCUUAAAGGUUUUGAGCCAUAUUUUCUAUUUUACCUGAGUAUACAGUCUACUAUUAGCUUUCCUCUUUAAAGUCAUAGCACUGGAGAUGCUGAUCUCUACAAAAAGGAUGAAUGAAUAGGAUGUAGUGAAAUGGGUUUGGGGAAUCCGCAUUGCUUCACUGUAUUGAUACUAACAACCCUGAGCAGUAUUUAGCGAGUACAGUAUAUUACCUUUUGCUCAGCAACUCUAUGAGAUGCAGUGUCACAAGCACUGUUCUGUAUACAUGUAGAGAAACAAACUUUUCUGUCCCAACGAAAAUGGUAAUUUUUUAUCAAUUUUCAGACUUCCUCAGAAAAGUCUGUUGUUUCUAAUAUAAACAAAUAAGGUCCAUACAACAGGCCCUCCGAUGAAUCCUUCAGGAGGGAUUUUCAAAAUGUGAUCCACAGAGAAUCAGUAUAAACCUUUUUCACAACAGAUUUAUAAUAAGCAGAUUAUUCUGUAUUGUUAGGAAAUGAUCUGUUUAGUUUGUUUAGUUUGCUAUCAGUGCAAUCAAUGUAAUUCAUGAUUACCAAAGUUCCAUUACAAAUCAUAGUUUUGGCCAAAAACACAGUAUCUUUGAAGACCAUCAAAUGAAUAGUGUUACAUUUAGUUUAGUUGGUUCCCCAUUAACUACUGUUUUUUGAUUGUACUGACCUCAGUGCACAUGCUGAAACUAUAAUUCAUAUUUCACUUCUGAUUAUGCAUUCCCCUUUCUAAAAAAUGUUGUUUCUGAUGAAAUGUACAGAUUUUGAUUCAUUUUGAUACACUCUUUGUAUCGUUGCUUUUGUAUAUAUUUAUUGAUAUGCUGGGAUGGGACUUUUUUAUAACUAUAACAAAAUUUUCUAUACUAUUUUAAUUUUUUUUAAUGGAAUCAUUCUGAAUGAUCUAUUUAUGCAAAUGGGAUUAUUUUUUAGAUUGUUGUUAAUGUCUGAUUUGGUUUUAAUAUGCAUAUUUAAGUGUUCUUAUACACAAAGUUAUUAUUUUCUUUUACUUCUCAACUGUUAGUCAGACAUUGUUCCUUUUUGUAUCAGAUAUACAUCUUAAGCUCCAAUAAAAGCCACUUGGGCCCUUGUAUUUUA